AUGGCCGACAACGACGCCCAGCAUGAGCACACCUUCGACAGCGCCGAUGCUGGUGCCUCCGCUACCUUCCCUAUGCAGUGCUCUGCUCUGCGUAAGAACGGUUACGUUGUGAUCAAGGGUCGUCCCUGCAAGAUCGUCGACAUGUCUACCUCCAAGACUGGAAAGCACGGUCACGCCAAGGUCCACUUGGUCGCCAUCGACAUCUUCACUGGCAAGAAGCUCGAAGAUUUGUCUCCCUCCACCCACAACAUGGACGUCCCCAACGUCUCCCGCAAGGAAUUCCAGCUCCUCGACGUUACCGAUGACGGUUUCCUUUCCUUGAUGGACGAGGCUGGCAACACCAAGGACGAUGUCAAGAAGCCCGAUGGUGAAAUUGGUGACAGAAUUGACAAGCUCUUCACCGAAGAGGGCAAGGAUGUCAACGUUACCGUCAUGUCUGCUAUGGGUGAGGAGGUUGCCGUUGAAGCCAAGGAGGGUCCUAAGAGCGGUUAA